AUGAAUCAGGGGCAGCUACGAGCCGCUCUGAGCAAAGCAGAACCAACACAAGGCGUGCACCAAGCGUGCACCAGCAGCUGUCUAGCCGCUCGAGCGAUCGCACGCGCCGACGGUCCAGAUGUGCAUGACAUACGGGCGGGCGGCAUGGCAUCUCGCCUGCCUGCCUCCCAUCGAAGCCAGCGUUUGGUCGGAACCUUCUGGGCGAACAAUAGACCCCCCAGAGCUGUGGCUGAGAAAUGUGAGCAGCGUCUACCUCCGCUGCUCGCCCUGUCCAGUGCUGAUCGGAAGGCGCGCGAGCAUUCGGCUCGAGAGGCAGCAGCCAUGGCUCUGCGCCUCCUGAAAUCUGCAGCGCUCCGGAAUGCCACGCGCGCCUCGCUUGCUUGCAUCCGCACCAGCGACAUUGGCAGCGCACCGCACCUGACACCCCUCCAGCAUGCAGCAUGCACCGCGCAGCAUCCGCUGUUCUCGCACCGUCCAUCUUUCGCUUUUCCCGCGCCCAUUGCGCGCUGCACACCGAUACGCGGCUUCCGCACCACUCCUCGCCCGCAGCAGGAGUACGAGGCGCCGGACGCACCCGAGGGCUACUCGCAAUCGCAGUCGGCCAAAUCGCACCGCAAAUGGUACCGCUCACCGACGACACUCGUGCUGGGCUUCAUCCCGAUCUUCACGGCGGCCUUGGGCUACUGGCAGCUGAAGCGGCUCAAGUGGAAGGUGUCGCUGAUCGAGGAGCUGGAGGAUAAGCUUUCGCGCGAACCGCUGCGGCUGCCGCGCAAUGUCAACAUCGACGUGCUGCCCGAGUUCGAUUUCCGGCUGGUGCAGGUGCAAGGGAGCUUUGACCAUGCACGCACCAUGUUCGUCGGUCCGCGGGUGCGCGAUGGCACCAUGGGGUAUCACGUCGUCGUACCCUUUAGACGCGCCGAGGGCGGUGGGAUGAUCCUCAUCAACCGUGGGUUCGUCGCCGAGAAACAGAUCCAAGGCACAGGAGCGAACAGGAGGCUUAGGGAUGAAGCGAUGCAAGGGGGAGAGGAGGAGUUCGUGGCAUUGCUGCCCAGGAUCUAUCCCGCGAAUCUGUUCACCCCGGAUAAUGUGCCGGACAAGGGAAGUUGGUUCCACGUGGACGCCAAGCAGAUGGCACAGUGGGCAUCGGACGUCAAGGGUGUAAAACCGCUCGAGCUCGAUGCGCAGGAUAGCUACACGCCCAGCGCCGGUGUGGCCGAGAGCGUCAAGAACAUGCUGGGAGCGCAAACGGACCGUGUGCUUCCCGUCUACCUCGAGCAGGUCUUUGAUGGCAACGUGGGCGAGGCAGCCACGCGCAUCGCACAGGGCAUCCCCGUCGGCCGCGCAGCCACCAUCGAGCUGCGCAACCAACACGCCGUCUACGCCGCCACCUGUGCGCCGUGGUCGAGGCUGAAGCUCUAA